GAUAUCCAUAUAUUUUGUAACCACGGCUUCAAAGGUGGAAAACGUUUUCUCCUCUCUAUCUCUGCAUUUCUUCAAGAAAGAAAUGGAAGAGGGCUCCAGCUCUCCGGUCUCCCCUGUGGAUAGUCUGGUGACCAGCGAGGAGGAGCUGGACCGACAGCAGAAACGCUUCGCGAGGAAGAGGAGGCACAGCAAAAAGUCCAGUGAGGACAGCAGCGGGAGCAGCCCGGGUCCGGUGAAGAGGGGGAAAAAGCAGAGUCCGAGCAGCACUCAGUCUUACGAGGAGCUGCAGAACCAGCGGGUCCUGGCCAACGUCCGGGAAAGGCAACGGACUCAGUCUCUGAACGAGGCCUUUGCGUCUUUGCGCAAAAUCAUCCCCACGCUGCCCUCGGACAAACUCAGCAAGAUACAGACGCUGAAGCUGGCCUCCAGAUACAUAGACUUUCUCUGUCAGGUGCUGCAAAGCGACGAGAUGGACAGUAAGAUGUCCAGCUGCAGCUACGUAGCGCACGAAAGACUCAGUUACGCGUUCUCCGUGUGGAGGAUGGAGGACUGUUUACUUCUUCAAAGUUUGGACCAGCAGUGGAUUUUUGAAGAACCCAUCGACCUCAGCGGCAUGGUGGAGAUGCAUAAUUGUGACCCCACAACUACAAAAUUCGUGUGGAGUGUGUGUGCGCGUGUAUGUGUGAGUGCAGAUUUAUCCCAGUUCUUCUGACAGUUCGGAGCUGUUUGUGGCACAGAUGAGGACAGAGAGCGCGCAUUUACGGCCUUUUCCUUCAGUAAAGCCCUCCUUCCACAGUUCUUUAGUUUUUCAAAGACUUUAAAACAAAGUAUAAAUAUAUAUGCAUAGAUAUAUAAAUAAAUAAAUAAAUAAAUAAAUACAUGUUGUACUUGUGUAACAAUAUCUGUAAAGGGACCAAUGCAAUUUUAGAGUGAUUCGCUGCAUGGAUUUUUAUUUCUUUAGCAAGUCUCCAUCAGAGCUCCGUCCAGCUGACAUUGUUUGUUUUGCUUAUUUAUUAAACAGGUAUUUUUUUAACUAAAUAUGCUUCUCUUUUUUAUUUUACACGAGCACGAGUUCGUUUCAAAUAAACAAAACGGUAAAGCCAAAUAGCCUACUUAGAUCAAUGCACAAGAAAAUAAGUAUAUAUAUUUAUAUGUGUGUGUGUUGGAAAAAAAAACAUUGGCUAAAAAACAGGCCUUGAAAGCAAACGUCAGUCUUAUUAAGGAGAAAUUCAGAUCUGAAAUAAUCCAUAACAACGAAUGGAGUCACGGAUAAAGACAAAUACUCCACCCGAAUUGUUAAAAAAAGGACCCCAAGUGGGCGACUGGAGGAAUUCCUUUGAAUCUCUCCUACUUACUCUUAAUACAUUCAAACUGUUUACUUUGAGCCCAUUGUUAACGGGUGCUGUUACAGCAAAUUGAAAUCUGACCGUUGAUGCAUUAUUCUGAGUCUACUACCGAAAUUUAAUGUUAAAAAUUUCCCAACAGCAAACCCGUUUAGAAUACAGUAAUCUAUUUAUUUCUUGGAAUAGUUAAAAAUAACCUUCAGUUUCCAGGUCAUGAUUACUCACAUGGUGACAUAUAUACGAUCCAAAGUCGUUUGUUUUGUAUAUGAGCUCAACAUCUUCUUCGGUAGUGGUCUGUCUGAUUUUUUUUAACGGUCCGCAAAUGCGGUCUGAGGGGAAACACCUGCAACCACAGUGGCUUUAUCCUCCUGCUGCUCUUGUGUGGAUGCUGAUGCACUCACCUCACAUUAUCCACCCUUUUAUGACAGAUAAAAACUGAAUGGGAGCCAGCUUGCAGGUUUUGCGAAGCAGCUGUGUUUUUUAGAGACAAUCCCAGAGUGCUGAUUGCUGACUGCUUCAAGUUUGCUAUAACUGGAUUUAUUCAUUGGACAGAAAGUGGUGUGAUUUCAAACUAAUAUUGACCUUAUUGCUUCAGGAGUGACAUAAAUGUGAGUUCACACAUAAUAAGGCGUAUCCUAAGGAAGGUGAAAACAAGGGUCAUGACAACACAUCAUGGCUUAAAAUCCACUUUACUUUGUAAUCAGUGUCUGUUUGAAUAAAGUUUAUUAGAUUUGUGCAAUAUCAGUAAAACAAUUCCUUGAAAUCUUUCACAAUAACUGUGUACAGUCACUUAUGGCAUGGUGGUCUUGAGUGUUGCUGGGCAGCCCUUCCUAACAAGGCUUGCCUAUCCAUAGGGGCCCGUUUGAUACCUGCUCAUUAUCCUGGGCCCUCACAGCUGAGUAGCACAGAAUCACCCGGGGCCUUUGCUCCAGUGGUGCAAGAGAUCCAGAUGUUUCCUGUAAAAUCAGACGGAAAAAGCUACAAAACUUUAAUUUGCAGUAAAAAAGGGAAUAAAGUAAAGGUUUAUAUUCUGAGCUCCUCCAACGGUAUUCUGUGUUCAUCUGGUGUGGUGAAAAAAAAUCCAAAGGUUAAGCUUGUACCACUUUGCAGGCUAACCUCUUUUUUGGUGACUGCAUUUGUUUGUGUGUUGUGCUGGCAGAGUUGAAAGUCAGCUGUGUCCACCACCAACACACAAAUCCUCGGGAUUCCUCCAGCGGAUUUUCUUGCCUUUAACAGUAGAGGAUUGUUUGAUCAAGUACUUGUUAAAGAUUAAAUUAGUUUGUUUUAAGAUUAUUUUACAUUUUCACAAAGUUAUA